AUGUUUGAAGCUUCAGCUGCCUUGGGACCUUGUCGCGGCAGUUCAAAAACGCUUACGGGACACUUGGUGAACUCGCGACAGGACGAAGCAGAGCUUGCUUUGGAGCAGGGUGAGCUCCACUACCAAAUGGAGGAGCCUGUGAAUCCGCUCAAGAACUCUACCUUGGUUGACAAGCUCCAUGCUGUACAGGCAGCAGGACAGGAGUCGCACCCGCAAGUCCAAUACGCACCCCCAUUGCCCGGCAUGGUGGCAGAUGACUCGCACAUUCAACGCAUCGAG